AUGGUUAGUAAUGCCAAAUUAGUUGCGCCUGAAUCAUUUCCGUAUAUAGCCGAGUUAUAUAUUGUUUGGCCAGAUCGGAAGAUAUUAUGCACAGGUAGUCUCCUAUCUCGUUCAAUAAUGAUGACUGCUGCGCACUGCAUGGUUGAUGAAAAAACGAAGAAACAGCUUGGUAAAGUGAAGAAAGUGAUAUUUCGACAAGACCGUGGACGAUCUUAUGCAACUUGGGUUAGCGGUAAAAUUCACGGUAUGUUAAAGAUAUCCGACCUAGAAGAAAAGGAAGGGAUUUUGGAUUAUGCAUUAUUUGAAUUAGACAAACCAUUGCCAGUAUGUCGGGCUAGGGAUGGAAGAGUAUUUUCAAUUAUCAAAUUACCGGUGAAGGACAUAGGAACUCGUAAAUGGAAAACUUUGCAACCAUCGAAGGAACUACUCGACCAAUGCUCAUUAUUCGGUUACGGAGCUUCGGAAAAAGGUGGACCCGAUGGUAGGCUGCGGAAGCUAACAAAUAUUUCAGUUUGGGAAGUUAAUGGACGGCUUCUGAUACCGAUGGAAAAUAAUGCACAAUAUAUACGCCAAGGUCGUAUAUGUGGUGGUGAUUCUGGUGGGCCUUUCGUUUGCGGCACAGAGUUCGGUGAACGGAUUUAUGGCAUUCUGUCACAUUCCGAACCAUUGUUGGAAUCUCAUCUUUCUUCUUGCUAUGGCGAGGAAAAUGCGUUUCUAUACGAUGUGAUGGGUGAUGUCCGCAGAAUGCUGCCUUACAUUCAAGAUUCAUUCGCUAAAAUGAAUAAAACAACUGAGCUAAUUGAAGAUUAUGCAAGAUGCGACUUCUAA